AUGGCGCACCCAACAGCGUCUAUGAACAUAAAUCGUUUUUCAAACAGUCGUAUCUCUGAACUUCGAGAUGCUAAUGACUUUCCUAUAGGCGAUUACCAACGUCUACCUGUUUUGAAACUCGAAGACGCUACAGAGAUGCUGAAUUCAAUCGUACAUAAACUUAAAAAGUAUGUUGCUGCAGCCAAAGAAAAUUGCAAUAAGAAUUCGAAUAAGUUGACAUUAGAUGAAUCAGCAGCAAUUUAUCUUUACACAAUGCAAUCAUCUUUCUUUUCCAAGCUUAACGAAACCCUCCAAACUGAAAAUCGGAAUGCCUUAAGACCAUGGUUGCCUUUCUUGAAAUUGUUAAUUACGGCUCUGGAAAAAUUAGACUCAUCUAAGAGUACCGUUUGGCGAGGUAUUGAUGGCAAUGUCAGCUCAUAUUUCGUCAAGAACAGCGAGGAAACUUGGUGGAGUAUAAGUUCUUGUUCCAAGAAUCGUGAUCUUGUUAGAAGAUAUACAGGUGAACCCGGCACGAUAUUGGCCAUUAGCACGCUUCAUGGCAAAGAUAUUUCUGCAUACUCGGCGACUGAAAAAGAGGAAGAAGUCGUCCUCAUGCCUGGAACUUACUUACAUGUUCGUAACGAGCCGACGGAAUGCAUAGAUGAUUUCUUUGUGGUUCAUUUGGAUGAAGAGUGUGAACAGAGUGUGCCAGUAUCAGAUGUAAAAAGUGCUGAACGACGAAAAAUUGCUCUCGUAAUUGGGAAUAAUGAAUACCAGACAAAGCGGUUGUUUAAAUGUGUAAACGAUGCCAUUGAUUUGAGCAAAGAACUAACAAAUAUUGGAUUCAUCGUGACAACAAAAAUAAAUCUCAAUUAUACAUCAAUGAGUAGAGGAAUACGAAACUUUGUUGCGUCUAUCAGACCGAAUGAUAUCGUUCUCUUUUUCUUCACUGGUCACAAUAUACAGCUGGACGAUCAAGAUUUUAUCACUGCAUGUGAUGAAGAGCGAAUUGCAGAAGUUUCAUUAAACUACGUACCCAUAAAUGCACAGCAACUUCUUGAACAAAUGUCUGUCAAAAAUCCAUUCGUUAUUGUCCUUCUUCUUGAUUGCUCCCGUGAUCACUGGUUACCAAACCAAGCUAAAGUUAGAUCUUUGAUCGAUUCAUCGAAAAGCAUGGUAGACAUGAAGCCAUUGUCAGCUUACAUAAUGGUUUUUACCUCUGCACCUGAUACAGUGGUAAUAGAUGAACCUAUACACGAGCGUAAUGGAUGUUUCACUUAUCACCUGCUACAAGAGAUUAUAAAACCUGGUAGAAAUAUUCGUCAGAUGAUAGUCGAUGUCACAAAUGCAGUGGCAAGAGACACAAAAAAAACACAGAUACCGUAUAUUACAAGUGAUCUGCAAGGAAGAAGUGUAUAUUUAGUGUCACCUGAAAGACAUGAAUCAUAUUCAAAUACUUGGCUGUCCAGCAUGGCAGAACUUCCUACCGACUCAACAAUUAUUGAUCUUCCGUCAAUAAAAUCUGGUACUAGGUUUGGUGGGUCAGGUGGUGAUAUUUUUGAUGAUUCGUCCAUUAGAGGCUUUACGAAUUCAUAUUAUCUUGAUGGUAUGACGGUUGGAAGCCAAAUAAGUCCAUUAGAGAGCUGUCAAUUUAUUUAUUCUUGCCCCGGCAAUUCUGAAAACAUUUUGAAAUCAGACGUCCAUGGAAAAUCUACAUUGAUUAAUACUACAGACAGGUUAUGUCUUGCUGAAAACGAAAGAAUCAAUGAAGUUCAAAUCUUAGUUGAUGGUGAAAUACUCUAUGUGAAUGAUAUUCCAAAAUGGGUCCCAUUAAUACGUGGCAUACGAUUCUUCACAACAAACGGAAAAGCUACUCAACCGAUCGAUCAUCUUCCAGGUGAAUUAUGCACAGAAAAAAUCGAUGGAUAUACAGUGGGAUAUGUCACUGGUAGAUCAGGGCUGUAUGUAGAUCAACUACAAUUUAAUUGGUACCGCAACAUAAUGAACUGA